AUGUAUGCUACGAUCGGUCUCGGAGCUCCAUGGGCAGGGCCUGGGCUUUCGUAUGCGCCUGUAGGACAAGGACUGCCGCGUAACGAUGUGGAAUUAUCUCGAGAGAUGCUGCAAAUAACUCUUGAACACCUCUCCACAGUCAUUGCUUCCGAAUUCUCUGGAAAUCCUAUCCGCUUAGUUGCCCAUGGUGGAGCCUGCAUGCUUCUCCAUCCCGGCUUAUACGAACUGGCAAACCGCAAGCAAAUGUAUCAUACCAGCAGAAGUGAAAAUCCAUCUCGAAGAACUACUACCCGAGACGUGGAUUACAUACAUCGCUCAUUCGUUGCAGAGAGUGAGAGUAGAGGGAUAAUUAACGCCGGAGAGCGGUUGAAGAAGUGUAUACAGAUCACAGCUCAGAAAUUCCAGUUAGGCGCAGAUUGGAUGAACAGCGAUGCGGAUGUAGCACUCCCUAUGUCGAUAGAGCAUAUCAUGCGGAGCCCAAAUACAGGCAUUCCCUUUGAUCCAAUCUACGCUCAAUCAGUCAAAGAAAAUAAUAUACACCUCUACACUGUGUUUACCUCUUCAAAUCAGCAAUUGACGAUCGUCAAUGUGACGCCCUUUUGGGCGGUAGCAUUGAAAUUGGUGAGAUACACUAAAUGGGAUCCAGGAGACAUAUGUCUUUUGCUAUUAUAUGGUUCUGUCACUCGUAAAGUACAUUGGAACGCUCAGAACCUCGAAAAUUGGAUACGGUACAAUUGCUCUGCGAUGAAUUACCAUAACUGGGACUCUUUAAGGAUUGCGGAUAUGAGGAGGAAGAUAGAUCAUGCUGUUGCACUAAUAUCGUCCAUAGGCAGCAAUAUCAUGGCACAACCAGACGACCCGCCUCUUGCUAGUCAAUUUGACCACAAAUCUUUCUCUAAAUUCGGAAACACUCGUACUUCUGCCAAUGUAAAAGGGUUGAUGCAUGCUACCAAAACAAUUCAUUCCAAUGUUGUCAUGCCGUCAACAGGAGGUGUUCCCUGGGCCGGCCCUGCGAGUGAUGAUCUUGCUGCUCGAAGCUCUGAUCCCGAGUUGGAGCUCGGAAACUCUUCACCUCGUACUUCCCAGGAACGCGAAGGUCUCAUAUAUGAUCUUGGACCUAAAGCUCCAUCUCGCCUCAUCCAGUCUCCCUCCACUGAAGACCGUAAGCGUAACGCCCGUACUGGGAAGUCUACAGAUUGGAUUCGCGAGCAUGAGGAACAUAUGCAGAGGCGGUCAAAAUACAUGUUGCGGUCUGAUGAGCCAGAUGAUUCAGACGAUACCGAUGCCAGUAGUGAUAUUGUUGAAACAGUAGAGAAAAGUCAUGGAAGAGCUCCGGUUAUACCUAUGGACCGAAGGUCGAAAUCGGUACCUUCGUUGUCUACUGAUCAACCAGUGGUGUCGCACCAAUGGGGAUCUGCCGCAGCGUCAUUCUCAGACCAUUCAUGGAGAACGCAGGAGCCUCAUUCUAUGAGCUCUUUUGAGACCUCAGCACUUCCGCCUUGCCCGCCGCCUAUACCUGACCGACGAACGCGACCUCCGGUCACCACAUUCACACAUGGCCUGUCCCCCAACUAA